GGUCCUGCGGACGCCCCGGCGGCCUUUAGGACCCAGGGGUUCCCGGGGGUCCGCCCGGCCGCCCAAACUAGACGCGCGGGCCGGGUGCCCGAGCGCCGGUCAUGGACGCAGGGGGACCCGGCCGCUGUGGGGCCCGCGGGGCCGCCUCGCCCGCGCCGCCGCCCUUCGCGCGCGUCGCCCCGUCACUUUUCCUCGGGAGUGCGCGCGCCGCGGCCGCGCCGGAGCUGCUGGCACGCGCGGGCGUCACCCUGUGCGUCAACGUCUCGCGUCAGCAGCCCGGCCCGCGCGCGCCCGGCGUCGCCGAGCUGCGCGUGCCCGUGUUCGACGACCCGGCCGAGGACCUGCUGACGCACCUGGAGCCCACGUGCGCCGCCAUUGAGGCCGCGGUGCGCGCCGGCGGCGCCUGCCUGGUCUACUGCAAGAACGGCCGCAGCCGCUCGGCCACCGUGUGCACCGCCUACCUCAUGCGGCACCGCGGUCUCAGCUUGGCGCGGGCCUUCCAGGCGGUGAAGAGUGCCCGCCCGGUGGCCGAGCCCAACCCGGGCUUCUGGUCUCAGCUCCAGAGGUACGAGGAGGCGCUGCAGUCCCAGUCCCGCCAGCCCGGGGGGCCCUCCGGACGGUGCCCCCGGAGGAGAGAAGAGCUCCGGAACGAGCCCUAGGCCUCCAGCCCGUGGAGAUGACCCAGCCCCCAGAGCAGGGCGCGUGGAGCCGAAGGCAGUUCAGGCGCUGCCCGGAGGAGGGUCUUUCUCCUCCUCUCUCGCUGCCGCUCGGAGUUUCCAUUUCCUGCAUCUUCCUGAAAUGCAGCUCUAGUGUUUGUCCUUUUGACGGUACUGCAGGGGUGUGUCCACCUACGAGGGGACUGGAAUCCCCUCCUUGGUCAGGUUUAUCAGACAGGGCUUGGUCCGGAAAAUCAACACCACUUGAGGAAUUUUAGGCAGAAAGGUAUUUAAUACAGAGAGCAAGGCCAGGGAGCCAAGGUCAGGAGAUGGGAGGUACAGGGGUCCUGGAGACCCAGCCCCCCGCCCCCGUCCUGACCCCUGGAGCACUCCGGGGCUGCUGGCAGAGGCUGCGCCUGCCACCUGUUCAGGCCUCGGGGGCUCUUCCCAAACCUCACACUGGCCCCAUCUCAGAAUCCGGCACGGGACCCAGACGCGUAGUUACUACAGUGCACGGGCCAGGGUGUGAGGCUGGGUGACAGACAGCCUCGCAGGGGCACCCUUGUGCUCUCGGCGCCUGUGGCCACCCCCAAUCUUACCGACAGCCUAACGUCCUGCAGCCUCCAUCGUCUGAAGGACACAGUGGCCACCUGUGAGCGUGUCGAUUCCUCUUUUGGGUCAGACGCCCCUCACCUGGUUCCUAUGGCCUAAAGAUUAUACUAGAAAACUAAUCACCAUACGGCACCUGGUGACUCAGUCAGUUAAGCGUCCGGACUCUUGAUUUCAUCUCAGGUCGUGAUCUCACAGUUCUUG